AUGAGCGACAGUACUAGGAAAAGUAAUUGGAGUGCCGGAGAAAUAUCUCUCCUCGUGGAUCUUGUAUCAGAGAGGAAAGAUGUUUUGAGAGGGAGAUUUUCUCCGGCACUCACCUCAGCAGAUAAGGCUGGGGCAUGGGAGGCCAUCGCUACAAGCAUAAAUGCCAUUGGUGGAAAUGGACACACCACCAAAGAGGUUAAAAAAAGGCAGGACAUCCAGUCUUCCACAAAGAAGAAGGAAGUGGAGAGGAAAAGAGUUGCAAUGAAGACAGGUGGAGGCCCUCCCCCUGAGGACAUCAAAGACUGGGAAAAAAGAAUAAUUGAAAUCAUCUCGGAUAAAGACCUGUAUGGGAUUGACACAUUGCAUAAAGCAUGUAGUGAGAGUGCACGUCUCAGCAACAUCUGCAGUACUAGUGCACAGGCAGUGAUACCCAGGAUAUUGGCCACAGAGACUGAAGCUACCUGUAGCACUCCAACUUCAGCUGAGGGAUCCACAGAGUUUGAGCCAGGAAUUUUGGUCAUUAAUACACGUAAAACUUUGGAGGAUCAGGAAGGCUCUAAAAGAAGCAAAUAUGAGAAACAAAGCAGUAGAAAGCAGAAGCACUCAGUAGAAGAUACAUUUGAGCUUCUCGUCAUUCAGAGGGAGAUGUUGGAGAUAAUGAGGGAAGAUGUUGCCAUCAAGAGGAGAAUGCUGGCGUCUUUGGAGGAGUUGGUGACUUUAAAGAAAAUAAAACUAGAUAGACACCUUGAAGAGCAGGCCAAAGGCCCAACAUAUUUUGAGUUGUAA